AUGUGGCAAGACUAUAGAAUCAGCACCGCAAUCACAGAAGCAGGACCUAGCACCGUCACCACCACGGGAGUGGCACCCAGCAUCUCCACCACCACGGGGUUGGCACCCAGCACCGUCACCACCACGGGAGAGGCACCCAGUAUCUUUAUCACCACCACGGGGUUGGCACCCAGCACCGUCACCACCACGGGAGUGGCAUCCAGCACCGCCACCACCACGGGAGUGGCAUCCAGCACCUCCACCACCACCGGGUUGGCACCCAGCACCUUCACCACAACAGGAGUGGCACCCAGCACCUACACCACCAUGGGAGUGGCACACAGCACCUUCACCACAGCAGCACCAGCACAACCCAGGAUCGCCAUCACAUCAGCAGUAUCGCCAAGCACCGCCACUACCCCAGCAGCAGCGGCCAGAACCGGCACCACUACGGGAGUGGCACCCAGCACCUUCACCACAGCAGCACCAGCAGAACCGUGGAUCGCCACUACCCCAGCAGCAGCGCCCAGCACCGCCACCACUACGGGAGUGGCACGCAGCACCUUCACCACAGCAGCACCAGCAGAACCCAGGAUCGCCACUACCCGGCAGCAGCGGCCAGCACCGCCACUACCCCAGCAGCAGCGGCCAGCACCACCACUACCCCAGCAGCAGCGGCCAGCACCGCCGCUACGCCAGCAGCAGCGGCCAGCACCGCCACUACCCCAGCAGCAGCGGCCAGCACCGCCACUACCCCAGCAGCAGCGGCCAGCACCGCCACCACUACGGGAGUGGCACACAGCACCUCCACCACAGCAGCACCAGCAGAACCCAGGAUCGCCAUCACAUCAGCAGUAUCGCCCAGCACCGCCACUACCCCGGCAGCAGCGGCCAGCACCGCAACUACCCCAGCAGCAGCAGCCAGAACCGGCACCACCACUACGGGAGUGGCACCCAGCACCUCCACCACAGCAGCACCAGUAGAACCCAGGAUCGCCAUCACAUCAGCAGUAUCGCCCAGCACCGCCACUACCCCAGCAGUAUCGCCCAGCACCACCACCACUACGGAAUCAGCAGUUCCCCGUCCUUGCACCACAGUACCAGAGACACUGC